AUGCUGAAGAUGCUCUCAUUUAAGCUGCUGCUGCUGGCCGUGGCUCUGGGCUUCUUCGAAGGAGAUGCUAAGUUUGGGGAAAGAGGCGAAGCGAGCGGAGUGCGGAGGAGAAGGUGCCUGAACGGGAACCCCCCGAAACGCCUGAAAAGGAGAGACAGGCGCAUGAUGUCCCAGCAGGAGCUGCUGAGCGGGGGAGAGAUGCUGUGCGGUGGCUUCUACCCUCGGCUCUCCUGCUGCCUGAGGAGUGACAGCCCGGGGCCGGGGCGCCUGGAUCACAAGAUAUUUUCUGUGAACAACAACACCGAAUGUGGGAAGUUACUGGAGGAAAUCAAAUGUGCGCUUUGCUCUCCAUAUUCUCAGAACCUGUUCCACUCACCUGAGAGGGAAGCCUUGGACAGAGACCUAGUCCUCCCCCUGCUCUGCAAAGACUAUUGCAAAGAAUUCUUUUACACUUGCCGAGGCCACAUUCCAGGUUUCCUUCAAACUACCGCUGAGGAGUUUUGCUUUUACUAUGCAAAAAAAGACGGUGGGUUGUGCUUUCCAGAUUUUCCAAGAAAACAAAUCAGAGGACCAGCGUCUAACUACUUGGACCAGAUGGAAGAAUAUGACAAAGUGGAGGAGAUCAGCAGAAAGCACAAGCACAACUGCUUCUGCGUUCAGGAGGUUGUGAGCGGGCUGCGCCAGCCGGUCAGCGCCCUCCACAGUGGGGACGGCUCCCACCGGCUCUUCAUCCUGGAAAAGGAAGGCUACGUGAAGAUACUCACCCCUGAAGGAGACAUUUUCAAGGAGCCUUAUUUGGACAUUCACAAACUUGUUCAAAGUGGAAUAAAGGGAGGAGAUGAAAGAGGACUGCUAAGCCUUGCAUUCCACCCCAAUUACAAGAAGAACGGAAAGCUGUAUGUGUCUUACACCACCAACCAGGAACGCUGGGCUAUGGGGCCGCAUGACCACAUUCUUCGCGUUGUGGAGUACACGGUGUCCAGGAAAAACCCCCAUCAGGUUGAUCUGAGAACCGCCCGGGUCUUUCUCGAGGUUGCAGAGCUGCACAGGAAGCACCUGGGGGGACAGCUGCUCUUCGGCCCCCACGGCUUGCUGUACGUCAUUCUCGGCGAUGGGAUGAUCACGCUGGAUGAUAUGGAAGAAAUGGAUGGGUUAAGUGACUUCACGGGUUCUGUCCUCCGGCUGGACGUGGACACAGACAUGUGCAACGUGCCUUAUUCCAUCCCCAGGAGCAACCCGCACUUCAACAGCACCAACCAGCCCCCCGAAGUGUUUGCCCACGGCCUCCACGAUCCAGGCAGAUGUGCCGUGGAUCGACAUCCCACAGACAUCAACAUCAAUUUAACAAUACUCUGUUCAGACUCCAAUGGAAAGAACAGGUCAUCAGCCAGAAUCCUACAGAUAAUAAAGGGGAAAGAUUAUGAAAGUGAGCCAUCACUUUUAGAAUUCAAGCUAUUUAGCAGUGGUCCUUUGGUUGGCGGGUUUGUUUACCGAGGCUGCCAGUCGGAAAGGCUGUAUGGAAGCUACGUGUUUGGAGACCGUGAUGGGAAUUUCUUAACUCUACAGCAAAGCCCCGGGACCAAGCAAUGGCAGGAAAAACCACUCUGUCUCGGCAAUGGUGGUUCCUGUCGAGGCUACUUUUCAGGUCACAUAUUGGGAUUUGGAGAAGAUGAAUUAGGGGAAAUUUACAUUCUAUCAAGUAGCAAAAGUAUGACCCAGACUCACAAUGGAAAACUCUACAAAAUUAUAGAUCCCAAAAGACCUCUAGUGCCCGAGGAGUGCCGAGCAGUGGUCCAACCGGCCCAGAUGCUGACUUCCGAAUGCUCCCGGCUCUGUCGGAACGGCUACUGUACCCCCACGGGGGUGUGCUGCUGCAGCCCAGGAUGGGAGGGCGACUUCUGCAGAAUCGCAAAAUGUGAGCCAGCCUGUCGUCAUGGAGGUGUCUGUGUUCGACCCAACAAGUGCCUCUGUAAGAAAGGAUACCUUGGUCCUCAGUGUGAACAAGUGGACAGAAACAUCCGCAGAGUGACCAGGGCAGACAUCACCUAGAUGAAACACCUUUACCCUGUCCUGUAAAAUACUAAAGUUACAUUUUUCACCAUCUUAAUUGGAAAGAAGGGGAGUGAGAAAGCAAACAGUCUUAAAUGUGCUGUGGAUCUAAUCUAGCAAUGUAUCCUUGUGCCAACAUGUAAUCCUUAACGACGGAUGAAAAAGCAAGAAAACAACCAGUCCUUAUAAAAUGCCAGCAUUAAACGUUUGUAAAGUGCUUUUCACCGUAGCAAGACUGUCCGUGUAUGCGAUUAGAGCGUAACAGAUUGCACAUCAACCGAACCUCACUGGAGAAGAGUUCACUCGCUUUUAAACAAAUCCUGGCUAUGUAAGCUGUCCCUUGUACAAACUUUUCAUAUAAUAAUUCUUGCCAAAUAUGACUUUUCAUGUAUAUGUUCCUCCAGAUCUCAAUGAAGUUCCUCUUUGGUUAAUGUAUGAAUAAAUUUCUGUAAAUGUUCUAUUCAGGUUUUCAAAGAAAUGCUGUUCUCACUCACAACUGUAACAAGUCUGAUAGACAUUUUUCUUAAUGGUUUUCAAGGCCAGCUCUCCAUGUCUGGAUUAUAACAAAAUUAUAAGGCCUCUUUGCACUACUGAAAAAAACACCUACCCGUGACAUGCGCACGCCCACGACAGGCUGCCCUCCAGCAAACAGCUGUUCCUGCAGAAUCUAAAUUGGAGAGUGGUAUAGAUUAUACAGCGCAGGCUGACUUCCCAAACCUGCUCCUUCCUUUCAGGAACAGGAACCUCAGUGAAAAAGAAUAAAAUCUUGUAACUAGUAUUUCUCUACUGAUUUAAAGCAGGAAGGGUUGCAGUGAAAGCACAGUGAGCAUUUAUACAGAAGCCACAAUGUGGAAAGAUUGGUUAAGCACACUGCUCUUGUCUUCCAUAUAUGAUUACUUAAGUUUCAAGUGACCUCAUGCCACAUGGAAAUGGGUUGAGAAAUCUUGGUUCAGUGCUUAGUGAACAAUAGCUGCAUUAAAAAGUGCAUGCAUAAUUUUGCACAAUUUAGAUUCAAUUGACAGUCUAUUCAAAGAAGUCUCAGAAUUAAAUGAGCAUGGAGACCAAAUUGCCCUCUUACCCCAGAAAAGGGGUGGUCCCUUCUAGUCACACUAACACUGCAUUGGCCCAACAGUGUGACAAAUCUUGCAAUGAACCCUGCAGUAGCCUGCAUCUGUAGGUUAAUAGCAGUCUUUUGUCUCCAUUGCUUUCUCUUCAUAGCCCUUUUACUGAAUUCCAUCACAGAAAGUUUUACAAUUUAAAAAAAAAUGUCCUGACAACCAUUUUUGUAAAUGGACCUUACCAUCUAAUCAUCCCUUAUUCAAUGUGGUGACAUUAACAAAAUGUGAACUUUUUGUGAGGGAGCCGGCUGUCUGAAUCUGUCAAAUUGUGCAGUUUUAUUACACAUUCUCCUGGUCAUAGUUUCACUGAAAACAAUAAGGAUACUGCUAUAUAUUCAGUAAAAUCUGGAAAAUCCAGUGUUUCUUCUUACAUCCUGAAUCUUUCCAUCUCUUCCAAAAUAAUAUUUCCCAUAGACAAGGUGUUAUAUUGUCAUUAGUUCUCCUAUUUAAAAAUAUCUAUAUUAAAUUGAGCAGACCCCGGUUUUUUAUACAGUCCUUUCCUAAGUGGAAGAUGACUUAGAAAAACAUAUGUACCCCAAGUGUCAGUGCUUUUUCUAUUUUGAGUCAUUAGAAUGAAAGAACACAAUCUUCUAAAAAGAAGAUAACAAGAUCUGUGGAUAUCAUACCCAAGCAAAGAAAGGAAACUCAUUGGAGUCAUUUCUUUCUGUUCUUAGGAGAGACAUAAGUAGCAGUGAUUAAUGGAUGCCUACAGAUUUUAUUUUAUUUUUAAAGUAUUUUUUGUUGAUUUUUGAGAGUAAGAGAGGAGAUAGAGAGAUAGAAACAUAGAUGAGAAAGAGAGACAUAGAUCAGCUGUCUCCUACUUGCCCCUCACUGGGAACUGAGGCCGCAACUCGGACAUGUGCCCUGACCAGGAAUCGAACCCGGGACCUCUUGGUUCAUGGGUAGAUGCUCAACCACUGAGCCACACAAACUGGACAUAUGGAUAGCUACAUAUUUUAAACUCAGUGGUCAUUUCAAACAUUUUUUGAACUAUUAUUUCAAGUAGAUUUUUUAAAUAUGUGACCGGAGAAUUGUCUUAAAUGAUUCAUAAUGAGAGACAGAUAGGAAUUGGUUAAAAAGUGGGAGCUAAGGAAAAGUUACUGUUUCUUCCCACAAAUGGCAGCAUCUCCACCAACUCAGUUCAUAAAGCACACAGUCAGAAUGGAAGAAAUGUCCUUGUGAACGCAGGCGUGUGAGAUCAAGAUGAAACAGUGAAAUAGAAAUAUAUAUAUUGUUAUGCCUUUAUCUGUUCUAAUAUGUGGGUGUCAGUUUAAUAUGAAACGCUGCUAUGGUAGACUAGAAAGAAUUGGAAAAAAAACUUCCUGCCACUGCUUCUACCACACUCUUGUCCUAGUUAAUAAAAUUUUGUUUUCUUGCCAAUUAUAUAAGGUAAUGAGAAGAAAAUGAAAUUGGCACAUCAUUAAAGUGAAAAAGAACAGAUAAUUUCAGAAAUUUGAGUGAUGAUAAAAAGCACUUUUCUUCUUUGAAUUUUGUUUCAGUGCGGCUUUUGUAAAAUAUAUUUUUUAUUUUAUCACAAAGAAUACUUAGAUGUUUUCUCAGAUUAAUGGACUAUCUUGUAAAGAAAGAGCAAAGAAACCUACACAUUCAAUAUAUGCACACAACCUAAAUAGAAAACUCUUUUUCAUUUACAUACUUCAGAACAGGCGCUUCUUCUGAUUUUUUUCUUUGAAAAUAAUUACAUAAUGAUGUACUAACAAUUUUUAAUAUAUAGGGUGUCCCAAAAAAUGUAUACCCACACUUUGAAUAAUUUUAAAGGCAGUAUUUAUUAAAGUUUUCAAAAUUGAGCUAUUAGCUGCCAAGGUAUGUAUACAUUUGAGGGGGACACCCUGUAUUUCUUUUUAAGAUUGUUUUUAUCUCUGAAUCAUGUACUAUACAACGAAGCGUGCUAGGUAUAAGUUAUGAGGUUAGAUGGCACAACAAGAGUCUUCUAAAGUAUACAUAAAUUUAAACUUUUACUAGUCAAACUUUCUUAGCUUUAAAACAUAAAAGAAAAACCAAGUCCAAAUUUGUAAGAGGAAAAAUAAAGUAUACCACAGGCAGCUGUAGUUGGCUGAUCAAUAAAGUUUCUGAGCAUCUCUACAGAAUGUUACCUAUGAUAACUAUUUCUCUCUCUUCUCUCUCUCUCCUCUCUUUCCUUUUGCCCCUUCCCCCAUAUAGCUUUCUAACUUUUAACCUCUCCCUUCUCUCUUUCUCUGUCUCUUUUUUUUUUUUUUUUUUUUUUAACAAAACAGACGUCCCCAAUACACCCAUAAUGAAGAUGUCCUGGGGUAGGCUGCUACUGAUUUUGCUGGUUAUUGACUUUUAUUUAAUUUUCUGAAAAAAUACUGUCUCCUGAUGUCACAUUUGCUCAGACUCUGUACCAUGAAGAACAAUAGAUAAACAUACAAGACUGAUCUAUUACAAUAAUUGAAAGAAGUGACCAAAAGCAAAAAUGACUACCAGCCCAGAUGCUCCAGUUCAGCUGGUGUUCCAUCACAGCUGCAGGAAAGACACAAAAAUAUCCCCAGGAGAGAGCUUCAGCCGACAGUAAGGAAAGUUAGUAGCUAUUUCCUAUUCAGGCAACAACCAUUAACAUCUACUCAGCGGUCGCCAACCGGUGGUCCCUGGACCCCUGGUGGUCCUUCAGGUCCGAAAGGUUGGCGACUGCUGGUUUAAAGAAGCCUUUGGAGCAGGUCGCCAACUCUGGCAGAGUCUCCUUUCCCCACCCCAGUUGAGACCUGAAUUUGCAGGGAACUCAAACAACAGUUCCAUGCCCAGGAAAUGUGUGUUUUUCUAUACCACCCCCAGGAAGUUAGUGGGCCUAUUAUCGCGAACGCUGGCAUUAGCUGCAAAGUUCCUCUUUAGAAUAGCCAAAAGAAAUAUAUGUUUGUUUUCUUACCUUCUUUCUCUUCAUCACACCAACACGAAUUAGUCAUACCUCCAAUAUUUCAUAAGAUGUCAAAGAAGGCGGGAAACCUAAGAAUAGAAGCAUUUCAAUAUUAAAAAUAUUGAAAACAUGAUCAUAGAACCUGUCAAACGCUAGUCCUAGCCAACUUCAACACUCCUUUCUCUUAAAUAUCUCCUCAUAAGUUUUGGAAGUUGCCUUAAAAUAGGUGUGCAGGCGAGUAAGAUGUAUUCAUGAAAGCGGGAGGGAGGGGCGUAGUGCCGAUUUCCUGUCAAUCUCAGUAGUAGUUUCUCCAGCUGCCAUGAGGAGAUUUGUUCAAUUAGAAGAUUAGCACUUUUCUUAAAUUUUUCAUUGAAUGCAAACCCAAGAUAGGUCCAUCAUUUACUUUGCUUUCUUUGAUAUAGCUCAUAUAUAAAUUGGUUGGAAAAUAAAAAAUAAGCAAUGGAUCCUUUGUAUCAACACAAAAGUAGGCUUAAAACCUGUUAUUGCUUUUUUUUUUUUUAAGCCAGACUACAUAGUGGCUUACCAAAAAAUCCCCCAAAAUAUCAAUAUGAAUUCUAAAGUUAUAUCUCACAUCCCAAAGUCAAACACCAUGUUUCAGUCAAGAUGUUUUUGCAUAUGUAGAUGAAGAAUUUACUUAAAAUCAAAACACAUAUAUACCUAUAUAUACAAAUUUACUUAAAAGUUUGGUGAGUUAUUUCAAUUGGCUAUAAUCUUUGAAGUUCAAAAGACAUUUCAUUUUAGCACAUAAGAUAAGAAGAACAGAACAUUAACAGUGAUGGGAAAUUCAUAAUAGCUAGUUAAUUAAUUGUGAAGACAAAGUUAUAAAAUAAACUUUGUCUUCACAGUUAAAAACUAAUUCUUGUACAUUUCCUUUUGAACUAAGAAAUAGCUAGCCAAUAGUUUCCAUUCAGAUGAACAAUGUAUAAUCAGGUUUGGUAUACUCUAUGCCCAAAAUAUAUGUUGGAUAUUUCUUUACCUCAUAUUCUUAAAAUCUGAGGCAUGACUUUCCUAGAAUAAAGUAAGAUUUCAUUUAUAGUAGAGCCUAAUAUGAUUUAAUACAUUAAUACAGUCUAUUUGUAAUACUAUUAUUGAGAAAUCAAGUUGAUGACCUUAUCAGGUAUCAGAUAUUUCCCAUAUCUCAUUACACUUACAGGACAUUUUUGGACAUGCAUUUCACCAAGAACUAUGUAGUAAUAGGAUAAAUGACACUGAGGUAUAUUGGAAUUUUUGGAGCUUGAUUGCCUAGGAUAUGUGAAAGACAACUAUUUAUUUAAAAGAAACCCAUCUAAUUAAAAUGAAAAAAUUUACUGAAUUAUUAUCCUUACUAAGCAAAAGACAAAUCUGAAAAGAAACUCCCUUAUCUUUCGAGGCUUUAUCUGUGAUUGAUUUUGUGCAGUUUUAAAGAAUUUUGUGCAGUUUUAAAGAACUUAUCAUCCUUCUAAUACAUUUUAGUUUUUCUAGUUGUUCAUUUUCCUUCAGGUUGUUGACAAUUAGAGCAACAAUUCGUCUGUAAUCUCACACACAGAAGCUACCAGAACCAAUCCUUGCUGGAAUUCCUGUUAAUAAGAGGCAGAAGGCUAUGUGAGCAAGUAUAAAAGCAGGUACAGGUUUGAGGCAGCAGAGUUAAUAUAUGUAGUAGUUGGGAUUUCUAUGAAUGUUCUUCUGAAAAGUAACAUGCAGUGUCAUUGGCUCAGAUAAUCCCUCUAAAUCUGAAUUAAUUUGAUUUUUUAACCAACCUUCUAUUAUUCAGUCAACCAGCCAUUCAUUAAUUCAGCAAAUAUUUAUUGAAGUGCCUAGUAUGACUAUGUGAUAUAGAAAAGACAAGGACAUUGAUAGUGGGGGAUUGUGAGCCCAAUGGGCAUGAUGAAUAUGUUUGAAGCAAAAGACCCUGAUCACACCCAACCAACUCUAAUUCAGCUCAGCACUAGAAUCAAGCAAUAAUAGUACAGAUGGCCUAAAGUACAUCUGUGUGUAUCUGUACAUGUGCACACACCCAUGUAUAUAUAUUUAUCUAUCUGUACAAACACUACAUAUGUAUACACACUAUCUAUGUAAUAUAUAAUAUAUGUAUAAUGCAUAUAAAUUCUAACAAGUGUAUUUGUGUUAUCUUUAAAAUAGAACAAUUGUAUCUUGAAGUGGUAAAUGCAGAGAAUUGGUUUUUAUUGUUGAUCUGUGGAUUUAAUGAUUUUUUUUAGGUGAAAAGGAUGUUUAAGUGUAUAAUUUCUUUUCUUAAUUUAAUAUAUUUAUGUAAAUGCAUGCCUGAAAUUUGGUUAGACUGACUGUAUUUUGUGCCCUUUAACGUGAUCAAAUGUAUUAAACUUUAUCU